UCUACUACAGUCCCUCCGAAAAAGCCCGAUCCGGUGACGUCGGAAACGGUGGUGUUCUGGGGCCUCCGGUUAUGGCAAGUGGUUGGCGUCUUCUCCAUCUUCGUGUUGGCCGUGAUCAUCGUGCUGUGUUGCAUCUUCAAAUGUCGCAUUCCACGGACAAAGAAGGAGAUCGAAGCUCGCUACGCCCAGCGUCAGGCGGCGAAGAAGUACGCCAACACGCUGGACAACGUCCCUCCGCUGAACGAACUGACGGAAAUGCCAGGAGCAGCGGCAGAGGCGGAGAAGAAGGCGGAGGUUCCGACCGUCUCCGCCAACGUGUCGGCCGACAAGUCCAAGAAAGAGGUGAGGAAGAAGGAGAGCGUGAAGGAGGAGGGCGCGAAGAAGGAGGGCGCGAAGGAGGCCGAGAAUGGAGCGAAGGGCCGAGCCAAGGAGGGGGGCGUCAAAAACGGGGCGCGGCCGAAAGGGGCGGCGGCGGGGAAGGGCGGCGGGAAUGCCGACGCCAAGGGGGCGGGCAACGCCAAAACCACCGGGAGGACUGCCGCGAAUGCCAAGGGAGGAGGAGCAAGGAAAGCUCCCGCUAAAAAGUCAUAG